AUGUGGAAAAUAGUUGGGUCGCUUUUUAUUUUGCUUUUUAUGUUAAUCACUUCUACAAUUGGACAGUAUAGUAAACAGCCAUGCUUUCGAUCUGACAACGGACAUCUAUGCGUUGACAGCGCCACUAGUCGCAAUAUUUCUUUGAGUACUAAAGGAAAAGGAUUUAUAAACGUGAAUAAUGAAAACUUACUCCAAAUUAUCGGACUGGCUAAAGAAGCUUCGGAACUAAUCGAUUCGUUUCGAUCAAACGAUUUGCCAGAGAUUGCGGAUACAAUAGAAAAAUUUGUGCCAUUGAUAGAUGGUCCGAGAAGUUUAUCCAGUCGAGUUACCGCUCUGGAAAUGAAAAUUAUAAAUGCGUCAUCGAAAUUCUCUAUAAAGGGUAAAGGUGGAACGACGUUCACCGCAAAUAGAUUAGAAGUCAGACUGACGAAUUUGGAAAAGAAAAUCACUAAUCUCAUUAGUCUUUUGACGAUUAGCGAAUGCUUGAGUAAUCCUUGCCAGAAUGGAGGCACAUGUGUAGAUCUUUAUAACGGGUUUCAAUGUAAUUGUCCACAUAAUUGGCAGGGUAAAUUGUGCGAACUGGAUGUAGACGAAUGUGUAAGGUACAUGCACACGGACUUAGGGUGUCAAAACGGAGCGGAAUGCAAGAACACGCCUGGAAGUUACAAGUGCGCAUGUGCCACUAACUGGUUUGGGUUGCACUGUACGAAAAGGAAUAACGAUUGUAACGGGGAAAUUUCGUCGGAGCUAUGCGGCAAUGGCGUGUGCAUCAAUCAACCGUCGACGGUCGGUUACACGUGCAUUUGCAGUCAGGGUUGGACCACCACGAAUAGCAGACAGCAUCCGGCUUGCACGAAAGACGUGGACGAAUGCAAGGAAAACAAGCACACGUGCUCGACAAACCCACCGGUCGAGUGCAGGAACACCAAAGGGUCGUUUACUUGCGGAAACUGCCCAGAGGGCUACGAGGGAGACGGGUUUGUGUGUACUGACGUCAACGAGUGUUUGGUGAACAACGGUGGAUGCAGCGUGAAUCCCAGAGUUCAGUGCAUUAACACGAGAGGUUCGUUUAAGUGCGAAUUAUGUCCGCCUGGUUAUAGUGGCGAUGGAUUUAAUUGCAUCUAUAAAUCUGGAGGAGCCUGUGCGAUAGACAACGGAGGGUGUCAUCCAAAUGCUGAGUGCACUGUUUAUGCUGAAACAACAAUUCAGUGUACAUGUCGACAAGGGUAUAAUGGUAAUGGUAUAGGGUUGAACGGAUGCAUAGAAAACCAUGGAACUAUAGACCCUUGCCUGAAUAGUCCUUGUGGUUUCCAUGGUGUGUGCCUUCCAAAUUCAACUAAUAGUUUUUUGUGUCAGUGUGACACGGGUUAUAGAGGACGAACAUGUAAUAUUACCGUAGAAAACCCAUGCUUAGUAAAUCCCUGCCUGAACGGAGAUUGUGUCCCUGACCCAAAAUCCGGCGAAUUUCGUUGUGACUGUGAUAGAGGUUAUUUUGGAACCUUAUGUGGGUCAUUUUUAGAAGAAUGUGGUGGUAUUUUCGACACAAAUAAUGGAUCAAUAGAGUAUCCAGAGUCAAAUACAACAUUAACAUAUAAUAGCAACAUGAAUUGUGCGUGGAUAAUUAAUGUAAAUCUGUCUCUAGUCAUAAAUAUAUCAUUUGUUUGGAUUGAUAUUGAAAAAUCAAUAAAUUGUUCUUUGGAUUAUGUUGAAAUUAUAAACAACGACGACGAUGGUGGUAAGGCGUUGGGUAGAUUUUGUGGAAAUAAAUUACCUAUAAACAAUAACAUUAUUUCGGAUUCAAGUUCAGUUAUUAUAAGAUUUCGAUCUGACGCAUCCACAAAUUAUCGAGGUUUUCAGUUAAACUACACAGCAAUACAACCAGACUGUGGUGGUACAUUCAAUAUCGAUUCUCACGGAACAUUAUCUUCUCCUGGUUCUCCAGGUAAAUAUCCAAAUAAUCGUGACUGUUAUUGGACAUUGAAUGCCAUUCCAGGAAAAAGAAUUCAAUUCAAUUUCUUUUCAUUAAGCUUUGAGAACCAUAUAACUUGUAGUUACGACUAUUUAGAGAUUAGAGAUGGUUUUACUCAGCACAGUCCAAUAUUGGCCAAAUUAUGCAAUACUCCUAAGCAAAGUUUGCCUCCUCCUAUAAUAACUUCAAGUUCUCAUGCAAGUUUGCAUUUCCAUUCUGAUAGUCUUGGCCAAGAAUACGGAUUUCAAAUAACGUACAGUGUAAUUGAAGGUGUACCUGGAUGUGGUGGAACUUAUACAAGCACGUCUGGAACCAUAUCUUCUCCCCUACAUUUGACAAGUGAUAGCUUUAACGAUUUGGACAGUUUGAAUUGUGAGUGGCAUAUACAAAUGCCACUUCAUCAGAAACUCAAACUCGAGUUCGUUAAGAAGUUUGGCAUUAAAUAUUCUACAAAUUGUUCAAAAGAAUUCUUGGAAAAAUAUAAGAUAUUUAUAUUCUUACAAAUUCACGAUGGCCCCAGUAUAAAAUCUCCAUUAAUUGGUCGUUAUUGUGGUUCAACUAGAUAUACUCAACCAAUAACCACAAACAGUAAUGAAGUUACUCUUCUUUUUAUAUCAAAUUUUUCAUCAAUAAUUGAAGGGUUUACAAUUAAAUAUGAUAUAUUAUGUGGUGGAACAUUUAUUGAUAGUAAUGGUAUAAUCGAAUCGCCAUUCUAUCCAAUACCAUACCCAGAAAAAAAAAUAUGUGAGUAUCUAAUCGAACAACCAGUUGGCAAAGCUAUUCGAUUAUCAUUUUUGGAUAUGGAUAUGGAUGUUAAUUAUCCAUCAUGUUAUUUAAAUUCGUUAGAGAUCAGGGACGGGGACAAUUCGAAUUCAACUAUAAUCGCAUUGCUAUGUGGAAAUAUUCAAAAACUUCCCAAACUUCCAUACAUAUCAACACAUAAUUAUAUGUUGUUAAAAUUUUCGAAUGUCGAUUCGCAUUUAUAUUCUAAUAAAGGAUUUCGGGCUAAUUAUUCAACCAUUGAUAUAACAUGUGGUGGUAUAUUAAAGGAACCGUCUGGUACCAUACAAUCACCGAAAAAUCCGGAAAAAUAUUUAAAAUAUCAGAUUUGUAAUUGGAUUAUAUCUGUAAAUGAAUCUAGUCAAAUUCGAUUAAAUUGGGUAUCAUUUUCUUUGGAUAACCAUCUCACUUGUAAUAAUGACUAUGUUGAAGUCUAUGAUAAUAGUAUUCAAGGAAACGCAUCAAAAAUUGCCAAAUAUUGUGGAUCUAAAGUUCCACCUGUAUUAACUUCAUUAGGUAAUCGUCUGACAAUAGUAUAUAAAACUGAUCAUUUAGGAGCACUGGAUGGGUUUAUGUUAAAUUAUACUUCUAUAAAUAAAGCAGAAGCAUGUGGUGGAAACUUCUUCACCUCAGAAGGUUUUAUUACGUCACCAAAUUUCCCAAACGACUAUCCUCCUAGGAUGGAUUGUAAAUGGACCAUAAAUGUACCAGUCUCAAAUCAGAUUGAGUUGAACUUCACUCAAUUAGAUCUCGAAGAGAGUCGUGACUGUAGUUAUGAUUUUGUUGAAAUCCGAAAUGGUGGAUAUUCUACAUCACCUUUAAUUGGAAAGUAUUGUAGAUAUAUAACUCUUCCUACUUUAUCAUCAUCAGGAAAUUCACUUUUUAUAAGAUUUGUAUCUGAUGAAACUAGAGGACUUAAAGGUUUUUUCAUGCAAUGGUAUACAACAGCCAGAGGUUGUGGUGGAACUUUGAAUUCUGGUCAAGGGCAUAUCGUAUCUCCUAACUAUCCAUUACCUGUACAAGAAACAUUAGAAUGUUAUUACAAGAUAAAUGUAGAACAAGGAAGUCGUAUCAGCAUUAAUAUAUUAGAUCUACAGUUAGUAACAGACAAUGUUCCUGGAUUAUUGUGUAAUGACGAUUUUCUCGAAUUUUAUGAUGGUGGAAGUUCUGUUAGUAAAUCAUUAGGAACAUUUUGUAAUUAUACUCAAACAUAUAAAGUUUUACAUUCAACAUCAAAUCAAAUGUAUAUUAAAUUUAGAAGUAGUGGUUUUUCUAAAGGUAGAGGUUUUUCGUUAACAUAUGCCACUGACUGCCAUGUAAAUUUAAAGGGAUAUCAAGGCGCGAUUGAAAUGGUUAAAGAAAAAUAUGCAAGCAGAAAAAUAUGUGUGUGGACAAUUAUAGCCCCCAAAGGAAGUAAAAUUAAUAUAACUUUUACUGCAUUUAAAAUAUCACCUCAUAGCAUCCCGUGGAUAGAUGAAUACGGCGAUUACGAAGACGACGACGACGACGAGAUUUUAUAUUCACCUUUUCGGUAUAUUCAGGGUCAAAAUUUACAGUACUAUUUAACAUAUCCGGGAAAUUUAAAUAACAUUACAAAACAUUUUGUGUUGUGGUUAAAAAAUAUAAAAACUGCAAGGUGCGGCUAUUAUUGA